CCACUUCCGGCUUCCGGUUUGUAAUCGCGAUAUUGUUGCUACGUUCUUUACCGGUUUGCUUCUCUGUAUCUUGCAGAUCAACACGUUUUCUUUUCAAUUAGAUCAGAUUUCUAAACACGAGAUUUAUUCACUAGAAGAAGAACCGCGUCGCAUUGCUCAUAUGUGCUUAAAACUGAAACGUGAACGUGGCGGACUUCCGGUUCAAAGAAAAGACUCUUUCUUCUAGGGAGAACUAUGGAAUAAAAAAAAGCAUCAGACGCUAAAUGUAUAACUCCUUAGCUUGGAGUUCGCCUCCUGGUGUCCUGAAUAAGCAGACCUGAGGUUGCAGGUGUGCCCAUGAAGGCCUUGUUUCAGCGCAGGCUUCAGAAACUGAGGCUCUAAAACACGCAGUACAGUCUGCAGUCCCUGUGUGUGAAUGCUCGCUGGCCCGGGUCUCUACAGCCAUGGAGUCGUAUCUUUUCCCCUUCGAUGGGCUGAUCUGCAUGCUCCUGGGCAUCUCCUUCACCGUGUGGUUCACACUCCUGCUGGUCUUCAUCAUCGUCCCUGCGGUGUUUGGCGUGUCCUUUGGCAUUCGCCGGCUCUACAUGAACACACUGCUGAAAAUAUUCGAGUGGGCCACGCUGAGGAUGGAGAGAGGAGCGAAAGAGAAGAACCAGCAGCUCUACAAACCAUACAGCAACGGGAUCAUAGCAAAGGAGCCGGCGUCUCUGGAGCAGGAAAUACAGGAAGUGAGGCGUGUGGGCGGAGCCGAGGCCGAGUUCGACAUGUCGGACAUCUUGUUUUUCUGCCGCCGCGGGGUCGAGAGCAUCGUGGAUGAUGAGGUGACGAAGCGCUUCUCAGCCGAGGAGCUAGAGUCGUGGAACCUGCUGACGCGUAGCAACUAUAACUACAAUUUCCACAACAUCAGCACACGUCUGACGGCGCUGUGGGGACUCGGCAUGCUCAUCCGCUACGGCAUCCUGCUGCCUCUCAGGGUCACUCUGGCUUUUACCGGCGUUGGGCUCCUCGUGGUUCUCACGUCACUCAUCGGCCUGCUCCCAAACGGCGGGAUGAAGAAUUUCCUGAGUGAAAAAGUUCAUCUGAUGUGCUACAGGAUCUGCGUUCGCGCUCUCACCGCCAUCAUCACGUACCAUGACAGUGAAAACAAGCCCAAGAAUGGAGGCAUCUGUGUGGCCAAUCACACGUCACCCAUCGACGUCAUUAUCCUAGCCAGUGAUGGCUGCUACGCCAUGGUUGGGCAGGUCCACGGUGGCCUUAUGGGCAUGAUUCAGAGAGCGAUGGUUAAAGCCUGUCCUCACAUCUGGUUUGAGAGAUCAGAGGUUAAAGAUCGGCACCUAGUGGCCAAAAGACUCAGUGAUCAUGUUGCAGACAAAACCAAGCUGCCCAUCCUCAUUUUUCCAGAAGGCACCUGUAUUAAUAACACCUCGGUAAUGAUGUUUAAGAAGGGAAGCUUUGAAAUCGGAUGCACCAUCUAUCCAGUGGCUAUAAAGUAUGACCCAAGGUUUGGAGAUGCCUUUUGGAACAGCAGUAAGUUCGGGAUGGUGAAUUAUCUCCUCCACAUGAUGAGCAGCUGGGCCAUCGUUUGCAGCGUGUGGUAUCUUCCACCCAUGAGCCGAGAGGAGGGUGAGGAUGCUGUGCAUUUUGCUAACCGGGUGAAGGCCGCCAUCGCCAGGAAAGGAGGUUUAGCCGAUCUGUUAUGGGAUGGAGGGCUAAAACGGGAGAAGGUGAAGGAGGUGUUUAAGGAGGAGCAGCAGAAACUCUACAGUAAAGUCUUGGUGGGAAACGGUGAAGAUCGAAGUCGCUCCUGAUCGAUGACAUGCUGCCUGAUUUCAAGCAGACCUACUGACUGUGCCCAGAGCGCAGGAUGUUUCUGAACUACGGCACAGACCAAAACCGGGCCAAGAUCGAAGCCUUGCUGAACUCCUCUGCAAGAUAAAAGCCGAACUGAAAUAAAAUUGAAAUGAACAGAUCUCAUCCAGCAAACAACCUCGGCUGAACGAAGCAGAUCAGAACUGACCGGAGUCAAUGGAUCCUGAAUUGAUCAAAUCCGAUCUGGAAUGGAACAGAAUCGGAUCGGACCGAACAGAAACAAACCAAAUAGAACAAACUGGGGACAGAUUAAAAAAAAAUCUCAGCUAAACCACUUACAAGAAAACUGAAUUCAACCGAAACAGAUCUAAAUGGAUCAGAUCCAAACUAAAGACUAAAUGAAGCAAAUUAAUAUGUUACUCAUUCAUACUGAACUAAAGGAAUUGAAUUACUCAAUUGUUCAAAUUGCACCGUAUUAACUGGAUUCAGACAGAAUGACGGAGCUGAAGAGAAUCAGAAGAAUCUGGACUGAAAACGAACUGGAUUUUGAACUGAAUUUGCUGAAUUGGAUUUGCUUGCUGACAAACUUCAGAACUGUUACUUUGCAUACUUUUCCACAUGUCCAUACAGUGCCGUUAUAUUCAUUCACUUUCCUUGGAACUGAGUUACAUCUUCAUUUUUUAUUUAUUUAUUGUUCUCAUUUUUUUUGUGUCGUCUGUUACAGUAAGGACAUGUUUACUGUGUGAAUACAUAUUUUCUUCCUGCAGGAAGAAAACGCGUACAUGUGUGUCUAAAUGUCUUGCUUUCUUUAUUUCUUUUAAAGAAGAAAAAUUUCAACGAUGAGCUCUCAAGCUGACGUUAGGCAAAGUGUGUGCUUUCACGUUUAAGGGUCUGUUCACUUAAAUGUGUAUCAUUAUAUGCUGAUAAUCUGAUAUACGAUAUAAUAUGCUUAUUAAACACGCACAAUAUUAUCGUGGCCACUUCAGAACGUUGUACGAGUGUGUGCUGUUCAACAGACACCAUAAGAUUUAGGGUCUCCUCUGGUCUCGUUUGAGCAAAAGCAAUCCUGUAGUCAUGUGUGUAUUGGAGGAGAAUGAAAUUAAAGGAGAAAAUUAAUCAUGAUGAAAGUUAUCGAAUUCUGUUGAACCCUGUCAGAACGGUCUGCUCUGUUUCUCAUUAAAUGAACAUCUUGUAUUAAUA